CGCCCCUUGAAACCCCUCCUUCCACUGACACUUUAAAUACGUGGAGUAUGCAGCGGAUGGGUCAGUUCGGUGGAGGAUACACGGUGUACGCACUCAGCAGGACCUUAGCCGUUUUCACGAACCGUAACGUUACCUGCUUUUUUCAACAUCUACGUUGAGAACCAGAAACAAUGCCAAACUGGGGAGGAGGCAACGAGUGUGCAGCAUGCCAUGGGACAGUUUACCACGCUGAGGAAGUGCAGUGUGAUGGGAAGAGUUUCCACAAAUGCUGUUUUCUCUGCAUGGUCUGCAGGAAGGGCUUAGACAGCACCACACUGGCUAUUCAUGACCAGGAGAUCUACUGCAAGUCAUGCUACGGGAAGAAGUACGGCCCAAAAGGCUACGGCUACGGUCAGGGGGCGGGGACGCUAAACAUGGACCGAGGAGAGCGGCUGGGAAUCAAACAUGAAGAGACACAGACUCACAGACCGACCACCAACCCCAACCCAUCCAAAUUUGCCCAGAAGUUUGGAGGUUCCGAGAAAUGUGCCCGGUGUGGAGACUCUGUCUUUGCAGCCGAGAAGAUCAUGGGGGCAGGCAAGCCGUGGCAUAAGAACUGCUUCCGCUGUGCAAAAUGUGGCAAGAGCCUGGAGUCGACCACUCAGACUGAGAAAGACGGAGAAAUCUACUGCAAAGCGUGUUACGCCAAGAACUUCGGGCCCAAAGGGUUCGGUUACGGCCAGGGAGCCGGCGCUUUGGUUCACGCUCAGUGAUGGCUGAACUGGAUCACUCAGACACAGACAGUCACACCUUUAUACAUUCCUCUGUCCAACAUCAACAUCAACCAGCCCCCUUUUCUUGUGUUUUCUCCCUCGAAUGCUUUUAUGUUGAAUUAAGUGCUCAUGGUACAAAUAAAAACAUUAACAAACCAAA